GCUACGCUGGCACGAUUUUCAAAUAAGUGAACCUAUAUUUUUUUCGAUGUUUUCGAAGUCGAAAUGUUUCGUUGGGGGCCAAAUAUGGUCCCAAACCACUCGUCGUAUUACAAAAUGGCUCAAAGAAGUUAAAAGUUCCACAAUACGGGAAACACAGUUACAACCAACAUGUUCAUCACCUGUAUACUGCUAUGGACCAUUAUUGCAUACAGUUCAAACAGCUGAACCCAAAUUAUUUAAGGACUCGAAAACUUUUGUUGAUAUGCGAAUGAUACAUUCUCAAUCGGAAACCUUAGAUACUUUUAACAAGUUAAUGGAAAAAACAGAAGGAAAACCAUCACAUGAAGAGCUCAAACAAUUUGUGAAUAAAAAUUUCGAAAGUGGUAAUGAAUUAGAAAAUGCAACGCUAAGUGAUUGGAAAGAGAAUCCAAAAUUCUUAGAAAAAAUAAAAGAUCCUGUUUUACGACAAUUUGCAAGUGAUUUAAAUCAAAUAUGGCCUGGUUUAGCACGUCAAAUUCGUCCGCAUGUUAUUGAGAAUCCAACACAAUAUUCAAUUGAACCAGUACCAAAUAAAUUUGUUGUACCAGGUGGACGAUUUAUGGAACCAUAUUAUUGGGAUUCAUAUUGGAUUAUUUCUGGUUUAUUAAUAUGUGAAAUGCCUGAUACGGCCCGUGGUGUUAUUGAAAAUUUCUUAUGGUUUGUUGAAAAAUAUGGUUUUGUACCAAAUGGUGGUCGUGUGUAUUAUGCAGAACGAUCGCAACCACCGUUGUUAGCUAGUAUGGUAGAUUUAUAUAUCAAAUAUACAAACGAUACGAAAUGGUUGAAAGAUAAUAUCGAUACGUUAGAAAAGGAAUUAAAGUAUUGGUUAAAUGUUCAUACCGUUGAUGUAAAUGGUAAUACUUUGUUGCGAUAUUAUGCACCUAGUGCUGGUCCAAGACCUGAAAGCUAUCGAGAAGAUUUAGAAACAGCUAAAGGUAAUCAAGCCUUAUAUACAGAAUUAAAAAGUGGAGCAGAAAGUGGUUGGGAUUUCAGUAGUCGUUGGUUUGCUGACACUGAUGGAAGUUUAAAUAGUAUUCAAGUAACAAAUAUUGUUCCAGUCGACUUAAACGCCUUCUAUUGUGGUGCUGUUGAACAUAUUAGUAACUUUUACAGUAUUUUGGGUAAUGAUAAAAAAUCAGCAGAAUGGAAAAAUAUUCGAGAUGAAUUUCGUGAAUCAAUUUAUAAAGUUUUAUGGAGCGAAGAGGAUGGUAUUUGGUUUGAUGUAAACAUCACAACCGGUGAAAAACGAAAACAAUUUUAUCCGAGUAACGUAAGCCCAUUGUGGACAAAAUGUAUUGGACAAAAUCAAAAUAUGGUUGAAGUUGGUGAUCGUGUUGCUAAAUAUGUAUCACAAAGUGAUAUGUUUUAUUAUCCGGGUGGUAUUCCGACAAGUUCGAAUCGUGCUGGAGAACAAUGGGAUUUCCCGAAUGCAUGGCCACCAUUACAAGGUAUCAUGGUGGAAGGAUUAGCUAACAGUGAGAGUCAAAUGGCACAGCAAUUAUCAUUCAAUUUAACAGAACGAUGGGUUCGAUCAAAUUUACGUGGUUUUAGAGACACAAAUGAAAUGUUUGAAAAAUAUGAUUGCGAGGUCCCUGGUCGUUAUGGUGGUGGUGGCGAAUAUGUUGUACAAUCUGGAUUUGGAUGGACAAAUGGUGUGAUUUUAGAAAUGUUAAAUGCCCAUGGUGAUGAAUUAACUGCUGAUGAAGAUUAAUGAACUAAAUUUCAAAACAUACUUACUAUGUUUUAAAAUUAU